AUGUGAGUUUUGUUUCGUAUUGAUGACGACGAGAUCUCGAUUAUUAAAAGAAAAUGAAUUUCCUAAUUUUUUCAAUUAUUCUCCUCAUUUCCAAAUUAAGUAAUGCAUACAUCAUCACAGUUGAUUCUCAUGCAGAGGAGUGCUUCUUUGAUAACGCCAUAGCUGGAAGUAAAUUAGGUUUAAUGUUCGAAACUAUUGAAGGCGGCUUUUUGGAUAUCGAUGUUAGAAUUACAGGACCUGAUGGAAAACAAAUCUAUCAGGGCGAUAAGGAAACAAGUGGAAAAUAUACCUUUGCGGCUACAGAAACAGGCACUUACAAAUACUGUUUCAGUAACCAAAUGUCUUCAAUGACUCCUAAAGUGCUGAUGUUUACUAUGGAGAUAUCUGAAGCUCCAAGUGGAACGCCGGGUGCACCCGGUGAAAGUGAAGCUGGACAUACAAAGCUUGACGAUAUGAUUCGCGAGUUAUCAGGAUCAUUGGUUGGAAUCAAACACGAACAAGAGUACAUGCAUGUGAGGGAUAAAAUUCACAGAGACAUCAACGAGUCAACAAAUUCGAAAGUUGUUUGGUGGUCGAUUUUUGAAGCUGGAAUCCUCGUCCUUAUGACUGUUGGACAAAUUUAUUACCUUAAGAGAUUCUUAGAAUCAGACACAUUAACACUCACAAUUAAUGCAUACAUCAUCACAGUUGAUUCUCAUGCAGAAGAGUGCUUCUUUGAUAACGCCAUAGCUGGAAGUAAAUUAGGUUUAAUGUUCGAAACUAUUGAAGGUGGCUUUUUGGAUAUCGAUGUUAGAAUUACAGGACCUGAUGGAAAACAAAUCUAUCAGGGCGAUAAGGAAACAAGUGGAAAAUAUACCUUUGCGGCUACAGAAACAGGCACUUACAAAUAUUGUUUCAGUAAUCAAAUGUCUUCAAUGACUCCUAAAGUGCUGAUGUUUACUAUGGAGAUAUCUGAAGCUCCGAGUGGAACGCCGGGUGCACCCGGUGAAAGUGAAGCUGGACAUACAAAGCUUGACGAUAUGAUUCGCGAGUUAUCAGGAUCGUUGGUUGGAAUCAAACACGAACAAGAGUACAUGCAUGUGAGGGAUAAAAUUCAUCGAGACAUCAACGAGUCAACAAAUUCAAAAGUUGUUUGGUGGUCGAUUUUUGAAGCUGGAAUCCUCGUCCUUAUGACUGUUGGACAGAUUUAUUACCUUAAGAGAUUCUUAGAAGUUAAACGUGUUGUUUAAUUUUAAUCCACCUCACCAAUAAGAACAAUGCAAUUGAGUUUCAUUAAUUAUGAGUUUUAUGUUCAAUUUGUGUCAGGAAUUUUCCACCAAUUCAAUUGUCAAUAAAACGAGAAACAAUUUCUGUAGUCAUCAGGAAAUAAUUGUCUUCUAAAUCAUUUGUGAAUAAAAAAGAAUUAAAC